CUCUCUUUUGAAUAACUGUUUCACCACGAAGCUCGCUCUUUUCCUCUCUGCACGAGUUUUUGAGUCCAGGAAAAAUUAAAAAUUGUACAAAAAAAUGCUAAAACGCGACCUGCAGAGCAUCACACUCAAGUUGUCCGAUCUCAAGGAGUACGAGGUGGCUCGCCUGAAGAACAAGUACAAGCCGCCACAUCCCCGAUUGUCCCAGGAGGUCAUCCUCAGCGACGAUCCCUCCACCUCGGGCACGGCAACCAGCUGCAGCUGCCCAUCGGGAUCAGGUACGGCCUCGGGUUCGGGCUCAGGAUCUGGAUCUGGAUCUGGCUCUGGAUCAGCAUCGGUAUCGGGAUCGGGCACUCGAUCGGAGACACCUUCCUCCGCAUCGUAUACCACUUCCACCACCCCGACGCCGGCUACCCAGGAAGAGCUACUCGAUCGAAUGGGCAGACCCUCGUCGGCCGUUACGGCCACCACCACGACCACGGGCACCACAGGCUCCGGAUCCACUGACGAUGUAAGCGUGGCCGCUGUGGUCGAUGAUACGGACACCAUUGAUGAGAUAAGCGACGACAACUGGGUGGAUCUGAAUGCGGACACCAACGAUACGAAUGAUACGCUGGACACCCUCGACACCAACGAGGAGGAUGGCGCUAGGGGAGGCAUCUAGAGGCGAGGAAACUUGUCCACAUAACACACGCGGCUGCAGCUGAAGCGUGCUCCAUAUUUUAUUUAAAUAUUUCUAUUUCAAUUUAUUAUAUUCCAUUUUCAUCACAUAUUUUGUAUACGUAACCCAAAGUAUAUUAUAACCACACUGCAUGCUCAA